AUGAAUGACACAAACCCUACGUCUGUCCUGAGCGGUGGGACGUCCGUCUACGGUUCGAUAGCCGGGGCGUUGGACCUCUAUUCGCCGCCAGUUCUUAUCGCUAUUGGAGUCACGUGUAACGUCCUCGUGAUCUGCGUGAUGCGACUGCCUUAUUUUAAGCACGUGUCCACGUCGUUAUACAUGUGCACAAACGCCGUGGUGGACAACGCCAGCCUUCUCGUGGCCUUCCCGCCGCACUGGAUUCACGUCAAUUUCCCGCGCUUAAUUUUCAGGGGAGAGCACGCCCACUUUCUGUGUAAGCUGUUCAACUUUGUUGGAUGGGGGACCAGCAACCUUGGGAUUGUCCUCACCGCCGCCAUGACGGUGGAGCGAGCCAUCGCCGUCACGUUUCCACUUCACGCAUCUGCUCUUUGCACAAAAAGGAGAGCGAAAUACGCCACUGUCGCUCUACUGAUAUUUAUAUCUAUAAAAGACGCCCACUUCCUGUUAAAGUCAACAAUGGCGCCUCUUGAGUUUGAGACCCAGCUUUGUGUGAUCGAUACGUCGGACCCAUACGUCAGAUAUUACGCGAAAACCGUAUGGCCAAUAAUUCAACACGUAUUCUUAUUUGUCACAUUUGCUUUCAUCAUUGUCAGCAACGUUAUGAUCAUCAAACAAACACACUCGAUUACAAGUCUAAGUACAUCACUAAGAACUUCUUACAGACAGAAUGGAAACGGAAACCAGCUUACCAACCCAGCACGGUCGAAUCAAAUGAAAACGCUGACCAUCAUGCUGUUGAUUGAUUCUCUAUCAGUCAUGGUCUGCACUUUACCCCUUACACUACUGCAUUUAAUCAACCCGCAGUUUAGCGACCCGGAAAUAGGUAACAUGCUGUUCUCCAUCGGAUUUUUUCUUGUGUAUGUGAACCGGUGCGGGAACUUCUUCCUAUAUUGUAUGAGUGGUCAGCGGUUUCGCACAGCACUUCGGCUGCUAGUGUGUGGGGGUGCGAGAAAUCUACCCGGGGGUCAGGCCUUUUUCGUCACUCAAGCCUCCCGUUCCGCUGGUCUGGUCUUGUCGGCAUCAGACCUCAACAGUGGUCAGAAUUCAUAG